AUGGUAAAAAUCAGAUCCGGAGGGAUCGCACUUCCGGCCAAUCAAUUACGGUUCGUGGCAGUCCAGAUACUCUUCGAGAGGUAUCCCGCUGCCGUCAACUCUUCGUUCGAUCCUUUGAGUCAACUCGACCCCGAGUACCCUACGCUCAACAAGCGGACUUUCCACCUCCUCGCCAAUACUUCCUACAAUCAACCAUCCUGCCUCGUCUGCAUUAUUCUACUUCAGGAAGGUCCAUCCGCAUGCGAGUACGCUCGGGGCUAUCAUGGGCAGUACCCUUGCAAUACCUGCGAAGAGAAGAUCGCCUGCGUCCGGGAUAACAUUCCCGAAGAUAUACAGCCUGUCUAUGGUCUCGUAGAUUCGGAUAACAGCCUUGAUAUGAUCCUUGCUCGUUUCGUCGGCAAAUUUAAGGAUGCUUUGAUAGAGGCUGAGUUGGUCGAGCGAAAUGAGAGCAAGCCGAUGCUCCAAGUGGUAACUCGCUUGACUAAGAUCCAGGGACCUGUUCAAUCCAUUGUGAACAACCUUGAAAUGAUAAUUCGUGAAGCAUGCUGCCCGAGAACCUACUACGACUACUACCAGCAGUGUGAAUAG